ACCAAGAAACCUAAUAGGACUACAGACAUCGAAGUGAACAUAGAUAACUAAGAUAUUAGCGAAAAAAUAUAUUUUAAAAAGCUCACUAGGACUUCAGAAUGAAGCCACAGAUUGGAACACUCAAGGACAGUGAAGGUCAAGUCUGCAACGGGGUCAAGGAGACCAAGACUGGAAGUCGAGCACUACUGGUGGUCGGCGCAUGCGUGUUCCUGGCUUUGAUGACGGCCGCCAUCUUGGGCUCGGUGUAUAUGGGGUACUCCCUUCAUCCCCGGGGCUCUACUGGAAAACAACAGACGUACACGGCGGAUUUCUACCAGGACGGUGUCCACGUUGCCAAGGAGACGUUGGUCAUCACUGAACGUGAGGAAAUGUACGCCGCAACUAACGGCACCGUUGUCAAGGACUAUGAGACAGGGUUCGCAGUAUACAAGAUGGAUCAUCUCCCAGGUUGCUACCUGACCACAUUUAACAUGAGUGACAGAGAUAACUACAGAAGCAACGGCCAACAACAGUUAUCUGUUGAGGUAACACACACCUCCAAGCAGCGCUACUCAGUGACGGACAUAAUCGUUAAUAGGGCGGUCCUGGGACCGCAGGCGGCCACCAUGUGCGCCGAAAGAGAUCUUUACAUGCUCCGACAACAAACAAAUUCCACGAACGACGGUCGGCUAGUUAAGAGAGAGAGUUCGUGGUCCGUUUCCGCCACCUUUUGUUGUUGCGGAUACUGCCUUCGGGUUACAGUUAGUAGCAACUAGCAGUAAUAAUAGUGAAAGAAGAGUUCUUUUGUGAAUUAAAAAAACAACAACAACAGAGUUUCGAAUUUGAUAACGUUCCGUAAUAUAUAUGCACGUAGUCUAUAACACGUGUUUUUUGACGCCACAUGU